UGGGAAAGACUGCAGAGCAUUUCUCAAGGACUGAGAAUGGAGAAGACCCAAAAGUUCUUUGUAAGUCUUCUCUUGUUUGUCCUGUCUGUGGAGAUUUGCUUGGCUCAACACUGGUCUUACGGCCUUCAGCCCGGAGGAAAGAGGGAUGCUGAAAACCUGGUAGAAUCAUUCCAAGAGAUCGCUAGUGAAAUGGAGAAAAUGGGGGAACUACAGCAUUUUGAAUGCACCGGCCCACAGCAGCGCUCCAUGCUCGGUGGUCUGAAGGGAGCUCUGGCAAGUCUGAUUGAAGGAGAAGCAGGGCGAAAGAAGAUUUGAAUUCAUGAAGGCAAAUGAAACACAGGACCCAUUGCUGUACUGUUUCAAAGCAAUGAUUUAGCACUAAGGUCUGAUCCCUGUUUAGAUCACUAUGUCCUGUGCAUAAAUAUUCUAAUAAAAAAUUUAUUGAGAGGCUGAAAAAUCUUUUUGGGUAGAAUAUUAGUUCUU